GCAGCGCUUCUCUUCUCUCCCGCUGCAGAUCCAGCUGCUGGAGAUACAGCUGCUGGAGAUACAGCUGCUGCAGAUACAGCUGCUGCUGCUGCUGCUGCAAAUACAGCAGAUCCAGCUGCUGCUGCUGAGCUGCUUCCAGGAUGCGCGCAGCCCCGCUGGAUACAUGACUUGAGAAACUCCGGGGGAAGAAGUGAGAGCGGGCGAAGAAAAGCUGCUGCUGGCCGGGAGAUGAAUGUGGCCGGGAAACAGCAACCUGAGCUGAUCGAGCGACCCGCCAGCCUCCCGCUUCCAACUUCGACAAAAUCUGGAAUUGCUCUGCUGUACAAUGAGAAGACCAACAAUACCUAUGACGUCUGCCUGAAACUGAGCAAAGACGCGUUGACCAUACAGAAGCUGGAUGUGGUUUGCACAAACGGAAAAGAAUCCCAAGUAAAUCACAGAACUGUUGUACUGCGAAGACAAGCGACUGGCGGUCUGGGCUUAAGCAUCAAAGGAGGUGCCGAGCACAACGUGCCAGUGGUUAUUUCAAAGAUUUUUAAAGAUCAAGUAGCUGAUCAGACGGGGAAGUUGUUCGUCGGGGACGCAGUGCUGCAGGUCAAUGGCAUAAAUGUAGAGCAUUGCACUCAUGAGGAAGUUGUUCACCUCCUACGCACCGCAGGGGACGAGGUCACCAUCAGCGUUCGCUACUUGCGAGAAGUUCCUUCGUUUCUAAAACUGCCUCUAGGUUCUCCAGGGCUGGAUCACAGUCGUGUAUCCUCUCCACUCUUCGACAGCGGCUUGCAUUUAAAUGGAAAUGGGAAUAACGCGGCCCCAUCGCCUCCUUCGCCCUCAGCUAAUGAACCAAAGUACGAGAAGCGCUGGCUGGAUGCCGUCCGCCUGCCCUUGUUGAUGGCCAGAGUCUCAAGAUACAAAGCUGGCACAGAUAAAUUAAGCUCCUCCAGGUCCAACUGUUUUGAGGUCUUUUCCUCGGAUGGAACGAGCAGCAGUAUCCUCCAGUUCUGCACAGCAGCGGAGAGCACGGACUGGCUCCAAGCUAUAUCUACAAAUAUCACCGACUUGACACAGGAGAACAUAAAAGUGGCCAACAAAUACUGCUCCUCAGAUGAUCAGAUUGUUCACGUGGGCUGGGCAUGUGAAAGUCCAGAGGACGGCGCCGCUGGUCGAGCUUCAGGAUUCAAGUUCCUGGCACUGAAAGGACCAUGUUUUUAUAUCUUCAAAAGUCCCCCGAUCAGUGCCGCUGACUGGGGACAAGCUGACACGACGUAUAACCUCUGUGAGGUUCUUUUCAAGGUUCAUAAGCUGUGGAUGGCUGAGGACUGCUGGCUCCAGGCGCGGCUCUACUUGGGGCUGGAACAUUCACCUGAACAGCAGGACAACGAGCUCCUGUGCUUCAGCAUCCUGGUGGGCCACGGCCACAGCCACACCUUCAGGGUGGAGCUAGCCAGCGACCUGGCCAUGUGGGAGAAGUCCUUCCAAAGAGCCGUCUUCUUGGAAGUUCAGCGAAUAAGGUCCAAAAGCUACAUGUGCAGCAGCCAAGGGAACGUCAUGUGCUUCACCAUAGAUUUUGGAUCGGGCUUCACCUGCUCCGAAGGCUCCUCAAAGACUGUCCUGUGGAGAUAUAAGUUCUCUCAGCUUAAAGGCUCCUCCGACGAUGGGAAAACCAGGGUAAAACUUCUUUUCAAGAACUCCGAAAGCAACCAAAUCGAAAUGAAGGAACUAGAGUUCGCUAAUCUGACAGCUGUCCUCCACUGUAUACAUUCUUUUAUUGCUGCCAAAGUGGCCUCCAUGGACCCUCUAUAUAUGUGCAGUCAAAGCUUCCCUGGACAUUUCAUGAACAGUUAAGAAGAUACGACCACGCUGAGUGUUCUGGAGAGGGGGACCAAAGGAAGGGAAAAAAAAUCACCUGUAUUUUAUGGACAGAGCCAAUUGAUAUGUAUAUCUUGUCCUUGUUAUUUUUGUAUGAGCUACUGAAAAAUAAAUAUUUGUAAAAGACUGUGGAUGUCACUAUGAGCCAGUGAUGGAGGGACGAUUUUAGUUACUCUUGGACACAGUCGGAGAAGAUAUACAGUACAGUUCGUCCAUUUCUUUAAAAAUGUCUUUGUUCACUUCAUUGUUGACGAUAAAUCCUCCCAAAAAGUAGCACCUGUGAUAUCAGAUGGUCUUUACCAUAUAUUUGAAACAAUUACAUUAAAUAUAACAGCUCCCAGUGUGUUUAACGGAUAAUCAAUGGCGGGUUUAGAAUCUGCCCGUCUACAGUACAUCUGGUGAACACCUGACUCACUAAAUGACAAAGGUGAAAUGCCGACUUAUUGUGUGAAAGAGCCUAUGAAAAAGAAAAAAAAACUUUCAUUUUCAUUCAGUUGAAUACUAAAGAAAACACCCCAUUCUUUGUCUGAUUUUAUUUAGUUUUCUCAUUUGUGAAGACGAUGAAAAUAAGAGAAACAUUUAAUAAGGCUUCAAAAAAGCGCUGAGCUGAGCCGCUGUAGCUCUGAUUUAGGCACAACUAAACUGAAACGUAAGACUCCUCUCAAAGGCAGCGUUUGUCUCUGGCUUGGAGUAAACUGUAAGGUGUUUGUAAUGCUGUCUCCAUAUUUUGUAAGUAAUAAAUUGAAAAAGAUUGACUUUUACGUUUCUCUGGCCAGUGAGAACAUUUCAGCCUCAGAAUACUGUCAGACCAAUUUUUAUGGAUUCUCACUCGAAUCCAGUAAAUGUCUUUGGUUGCUUUAUGUUUCAGUGUCAAAUUACAUAUUUGCUGUAUUUUCAAUA